AUGCCAGGAUCUGACGAUUCGCGAUCCGACUAUGCGCUAUCGGGCACCUUGUCCGCACGAUCUUAUCUGGAGCUAGCGCAGGGGUACCACGCCCAGUCCCAAAUUACCCCUCCGCAAAGCAAUGAUUAUUUUGCCCUGGGGGAGCCGAUCGAGCUCGAGGACAAGGGCAACUCGGGCCCGCGCUUACAAUCCCGCACGAAACGGACAUCCCUGAAGAAAGCGAAGGGACCGGAGAAGCCCGAGACGGCACACGAGAUCACGGACCCGCAUCCAGUGGAGCGCCUGGCGCGCAAACGAGGCCGUCCGAGGCUAGAGACUGCUAAGGAUGCUGCUGCCAUCGAGGAACGGCGCUUGCAGAUCCGCCGUGCGCAGCGCACUUAUCGACAGAAAAAAGAGGCUACCAUUCAGGAACUCAAGGCUCGUGUUGAAGUUCUUGAGCAAACCCUGCAGAAUGUUUCGGAUAUACUAGGCGCCGGCGACCAAGAAGAGGUCCACGCUCUCGGUACUAUUGGAACGCAACCUGACGGCCUUGCUCGCGCCAGACAGCUAGUGCUAGCGGAGAUUGACAAGACGCGAUCUUUUUCUGGGGAACAUACCCAGCAGAUCGGUCGCAGUAUAGAAAGUCUUCAUGAUACCUUUGGAUAUCAGGUCUCGCACCGAAGAAAUAUCGAAGACACAAACACGAAUCAACAUGACAAUACAAACUCACUCCACCAAACACAUCUCCAUCCUAGAUCACCUUCACCUCUCCUCAACCGCCUCUUCCCGUCAACAACCAUCUACACCUACACUUAUCAAGAAUCAGACGUCUCCAGACGUCUCCAGCGCUUCUGUCUAGAACAUACAUACCGCUGGCUUACAGACCCACAUUCCCACCCCGACCGCAUAACCCGGGUAUUUGGGCUUCUGCCAUGCAUUCAAGAUAUGCCAGGAAUCCAGCGUCACAUGCGGCGGACCUUACACGUCGAGAUUGGCGGCUCCCUCGAGACUAAUAAAAUGCCGUUCUACAAGCUUGGCGGUGCUGGUACGCACUACCCACGCAUUGGAGCAGAUGGACAACCCGUGUACCCCGAUAACUUUCGACGGCCUGGCAAGAUUCUUCGACGGAUGGCGAGGAUCUUGCGUCGCGGCGGGAUCCAGGAUUGGGAUGAAGACUGGAGUGGGGAUGCGGAGCCGGAUCUGCAAGAUGAAAUCGGCAGGAAAGAGAGGGCGAUGAGCGAUGAGGAGCGUCUCCGCUCUCUUGACCUGGAGGGCGAGUGGUUUGACUGCCAUGAUGUCCAAGGGUAUCUUGAACACCAUGGGGUCGUGUUAGAUGGUUCGUCAUUAUGGCUGGAGGUUCCAGCUACUGCAGUCGGUGUUCUGUAUGGGUUCUCCCCUGACGGAUCGGCGUUUCAGUAUUGCAUGUCUUCUGAAGACCCGUUGCCAGUUGACAUGGGUGGGACUGAAUACUCGAGCCACUCGACUUAUGUUCUGGACGUUGAGUGCUUUUUUGAUCUGCUCCUGGCCAAUCUCCGUAUCCUCGGCCGCGCCCCUGGAUUUCGGUUGUGGGACGUGGAUGCGGCCCUGCGGACGGCUAUCCACAAACGGCCGUUUACUUGA